AUAAGGCUUAUGUUGUCAGCAUUACGGUGUUACUGGCUGUUCUGUUCAAGUUUAAACACUCUGGCAAUCUCAAAGAAGUCAAGCUGUCCUAAGAUGUUGAAAGCUGAGGCGCAUGUGAAUAUCAUCAUCACCAUCAUGUUAUGGUCUAUGAUUUACAUUUGUUGGUCUUUCAGAUAUCAAACUUAAAACUUCUUUCCUUUGAUGCAUUCUCCUUCGUCGGAAGCAUACCAUUUGUUUGAAGAAUAGUGUGUUAUUCUGCAUUCUCCCAGUGUUGCUUGCUUAUAUUGCAGGAUUUGGCAAGUUGAGCUUGGGCAAUGAAAUGCGUAAUAAUAACGCAACAUCUGCUCUCAAUGGCAUUUACUGGGUUUGUUAUUGCAAGUAUUGAAUUGAAUUUGGUGAGGCAGAGUUCUGCUAUUUUUUUCUCAACGGUAUUUAUGCUGGAUUAGCAGACACUGGAGUGAGAAUUGCGAAAUCCUGUCAAACUUUUCACUGGAAGGUGCUGAGGAACACGACAAGCAAAUAGAUUUAUGUUCGGAGAACAGUCAGCUGGCUACAUAUGAUCAUAUUGAUAUUAAGUCUUCAAUCAAACAAGUUCCUGCAGAGGAAGAGAACAUUGUCGUUUCACCAUCACCUGAUGUAGAACUUCAAGAACCAUCACGUAAACAUUCUCUUCACAAUGAGCAUGUUGAAAUUCUUGAAGAACCAUUACUUCAAGGCAGUGAAUCACUGCAAAGAAGUGAUCUUCUGGAUAAUGACAAAUUCCAUUCCAAGGAUGAUGAUAUCAGUCCAGAUAAAGAAAAGGAAACACAUGAAAAAGUGUUAGGUGGAUUCAGCACUGAUGGUGGAGAUGAAUAAGGGAGCAGUGUGAGAUAUGCAUCAGAGAUAACAUAUAAUUCUUCAACUGUCGAUGAAGAAAGAAAUUGCAGUCCAUUGUCAGAUGUCGAUCAUAUUACUGAUCGGUCCAUGGCUUAACCACAAGCUGAUUUUGUGGAUGACCAACAAUGAGGACAAGGGGAAAGGACCUUGAAGAAGAAGGACAAUUCAGCAGAAGUGGAUCAGAAAUGGAGAAUUCACAAGAUUUUGAGGCUGAUCUCUCUGUUGGAGACUACAAUGGAGAUGGAAAUACAGUUCUUGCUCCGGGUGCGUAUGGGAUUUUUGACACUGAUCAAGUUGAAGAACCCAAAGUUACUGAGAAUGGACGCCACUUUGAUGUGUUCAUUGAUAACAACAGAACUUCAGAUGAAAUUAGCACUACUCCAGUUCAACAAGAUCUUAUGGUUCCUGAAGCUGAAGGAGAUGAUGGAAUUAUCUCAGGUUCAACAGUUAUAAAAUGCAGAGCUGCAGAUGAAGAAAAUAAUGAGGAUAAGGUUAUUGAGGAAAUAGACAAAAGGCCAGAAGCUUCACAUGCCAUGUUAAAAGGUUUAGAUCUUUUCAGAUCAGGAAGAAUCUCACCCUGUAAGAUUCUGCUUCUAUAUUACAUAUCUAUAGUCUCCGAGAGGACAUUGUCCGCCAAAGCAUGACCUUCAGAUUGGAAGCCAGGAAACGGAAGUAAAGUCCCUUGGCGCCACGGGUAACAAGCAACCUUGAUUAUGAGAGACGAGAAAGAGAGAAAAUUACACAUAGGUCUUGUAUAAGAGAUUUAUUUGCAAUUAAGCCCUGUAAAAUUUAGAAAUUAUAAUCAAAGUUA